GGCGAGCAAGCGUCAAACAUCCAUCAUUGAGAGAAAAGGUCUUCACAAACACAACACGCAAAACGUAAAGUGACAAAAUGCUGACACGAUAUUUGAUUUCGUUGGCGCUGCUCUGUCUAAUAGUUCACGCCACGCACGGAAUUAAACCGAUUCCACCACCGCCACCUUAUUGUCGGAUUGGACCGAUCAAGAACGGGCAGACCAACUCGUGUGAGGCGAUAAUUCCGAGUUUCACAUUCAACAGUAGAACCGGAAAAUGUGAAAAUUUCAUCUACGGAGGAUGCAACGGUUCCAGAAAUCUAUUUAAAACACGGGCCCAGUGCAGAGUUUCCUGCGAGCAAUUUGUCCAAAGGGGCUAAAAAACCCGCAAGUAUACACACACCUGUCUACCUUUAAACCUGGAGGAAUCUUGCAAUUAAGAAUUAAUAAAAAAUCACACACAUAAUGUCAUUAGGUUUUUGUACACAAACGAAUUUUGGUGUCAAUCAAUUGACAUAAAUAUCUUGAGAGGAAUGAAUGGAAUGCUAACUUGAGGUGGAUUUCAUGAAAAAAUGAAACCAGACGAACUUCGUUGCAUAUAAAAAAAGUUAAAAUACAAAUAAAAGACAACUGACCCCAAAAGGCUAUUUGCAGUGCGAUUUUUCGUUAUUUCUUUUGCAACGAGGUUCGCCUGGUUUCAAUUUUUUUAACAAUGAGAAUGGUUUGAAAAAAUAAUUUGAUAAGCGCCUCAUAAAAUAAUUUGUAACAAAAUAAAUCCACAUUAGUUCA